AUUACAAUUUUAUAAUUAAAAGAAACAAAUUAAAAUUAUUAAGAAAAAUAAAUAAUAAUGCUAAUUCUUUUUGUAUUGAUUCACUUAAUUAAAUGCUAAGUAGAUAACAUUACCUACGUUCAUUUAAUCCCUCAUUCACAUGAUGACUACGGAUGGCUAUAUACAAUUGACGAAUACUAUAGCAAUAGGAUUAUCCAAUUUGGAUAAGAAUAUGGAAAUGUCAGAGAUAUUCUUAAUUCAGUCUACAGCGAAAUCUAAAAAAAUAAUGAAAGAAAAUAUAUACAAGUUGAAAUUGGUUUCUUAGAUAUGUGGUGGAAAAAUUAAAAUGAAGAGGUGCGCAACAAAUAUAAAGAACUGGUUCAAAGUGGAAAAAUCGAAAUUAUAAACGGCGGAUGGACAAUGCAUGACGAGGCUACUACCUACUUUGAAGAUAUCAUUGACCAAAUGACUGUAGGGCAUUAGUGGGUAAAAGAAAAUCUUGGUGUUGUUCCUGAGAUAGGAUGGUAAAUUGACCCGUUUGGGCAUUAAUAAACAAAUGCUGCACUCUUCAGCUAGAUGGGUUUCAAUGCACAAUGGUUUGCAAGAGUAGAUUACUAAGAUUUUGAUUACAGAAAAUAAAACAAAAGACUUGAGAUGGUUUGGCAUCCUAAAGAAUAUGACGAAGAUGCUUACAUCUUUUCAGCUAUUAAUUAUUAACACUAUUCUCCUCCAAGAAAUUUCUUCUUUGAAAGAGGAUAACAAGUAACCUAAAGUAAUGUGCAUUAAAAAGCUAGAGAAUUCGUAAACUAUUUCUAGCAAAUGAGAUAAAGCUUUUAAACUAAUCAUUUAAUACACACUAUGGGAGAAGAUUUUACUUUUAGUCAUUCUGAGGUUUGGUUUGAUAGCAUCGAUCUCUUAAUUGAGUACAUUAAUAAGAGAAGAGACGAAUUUGGGAUGGUCAUCCAAUACUCCACUCCAUCGUAGUACUUGAAGGAAAUUAAUAAGCAAUAGAAAAAAUGGCCUGUUAACAAUCACGAUUUUUAUCCUUAUGCUGAUACUUAAAAUGCUUACUGGACAGGAUAUUUUACUUCUCGUCCUUCAUUAAAAGGAUUGACAAAAGAUAGUGGAAGAUACUUAUAAGCGAUUAGAAAUAUAUUUUCAUUUGAGCAUAUUUCUAGAAGAACUUAACAUUUCGAAAGUUAUUCAGACAAAAUUUAAUAAUCUUUACAAUAUUUUGAAGAGUAAAUGGCCGCAUUAAUGCAUCACGAUGCAGUUUCUGGUACUGGAAAACAGCGUGUUGUAAAUGAUUACAUUUAUAGAAUAAGUAAUGGGUAUUCUAAAAUUAGAGAUUAUUUAAAUCCUUUGCUCAGAGAAUAUACACUAUAAGAUAUUAGUGAAUCUGAUGUUAGCUAUCAGUAAUGCAAUUGGAAUGCUACUGCAUCGCAAUGCAAUAUAACAUUUUCUUAAAUCAAUGCUAAAAAACCUGUUCUAGUUAAUAUUUACAAUCCAUCUGUCACUAGAAUUAUUAAUAUCAGGAUUAGAGUACCUGAUGCAAAUAUCACUGUAAUAAACUAAAAAAAUUAAUUAUUGCAAGCUGACUUAAUUUGUUCUCACCCUCAAAACUAAAAGGACUGCGAUUUGUAUUUUAAAGAUUAAUUUGAAGGUUACUCAUUCCAGUACUAUAAAAUUAUUUUUUAAGAUUCUAAGUAUUAAUAGAAAGUUCAACCUAUGGACAUUAAAAGCUUGUAAGAAUAAGUAGUAAUUGAGUUAUCUAAACUUUCAACGCUAAAAGUUGAUUUAAUAAAACAAUCAUUUUUGUACUAAGUAUGGGAGACAGAAAAGCAAUCAAGCUUCGAAGUUUAAAAGCUUAAAGAAUAUACUUUUUCAUUGCAAUAUAACUUUUAUUAUUCCUCUCAAAACUGGGGUUAAUCUUCUGGUGCUUACAUUUUUAGGCCUGAUAACGAUCAAACUUAUACUUACUCUCAGAUUAAAAAUAUAACAAUUUAUAGGGGACAACUGGUAACUAUAGUUUUAUUAUAAGGAGAACAUACAACCACUUAAUUGAGAUUUUACUUUAAUAACUUUGACAAAAUUGUUGAAGUUGAAACCUUUAUCCAUCCAAUUAAUGUAUCUGAUGGUAAAGGCAAAGAGGUUGUAAUGAUUGUUAAUACAAAUUUGAAGAACAAAAAAACAUUCUACACUGAUUCUAAUGGAUUGAGCUUGUAAAAAAGAAUAUUGAAUUUUAGACCUACAUGGGAUUUGCGAGUUCAUCAAGAAGUCAGUGGAAAUUAUUAUCCUAUUGGAUCUAUGAUUUAAAUCUAAGAUGAAGAUACCAAUUAAUAAAUUUCUGUAGUAAAUGAUAGGUCCUAGGGAGGAACAUCACUAAAAGAAGGCUAAUUAGAAUUAAUGAUUCACAGAAGAACUCUUUAAGAUGAUAAUAGAGGUGUUGGAGAAUCUUUAAAUGAAAUAGAUAUAGAAAGUGGAUAAAAUGGCCUUUCUUAAAAGAUUAGGCACUAUAUUGUAUUUGAAAGCUAAAAUGGAUAGCUUUCAAGAAGAGUUUAAAAUGAACUUGAUGCCUCUCCUUUAAUAUUCUUUGCUGAAUCUGAUAAAGGAUUAUUUAACUUUAAAGUUGAUAAAAAUCUUAAUAAAAUCAUUAAAAAUAGCAACAUUUACCUCAGAGUUUACUUAAAAAUAUAUCAAGGUCACUACACUCUAAGGCUUUAUAAUGUUAAUGAUAACUAAGAGGCUAACUUUGAAAUACCUUCAAAUUUCCAAAUUAUGGAAGAACUUACUCUUACUGCUAACUAAAGUAAGUAAGAUUGGUAUUAAAAAUAAAUGAAGUGGUAAGGAGAAAAUGGAAAAACAUACUAGUAGAAAUAGAAUGACUUCAAAAAAGAAAUUGAAUAAAAAAACAUUAAAUUAAAACCUUUGUAGCUAAGAGUUUUUAAAGUUGAUAUCAAAAAACAAAGAUGA